UAUACGGUAUUUCAAACUGUAACAUUGAAAAAUGGGCAAACGUUCCACAUUUGCUUGAAGUUAAAAAACACUUUUUACAUUGAAUUUUACAAGAUUAAGGGCCGCGUUCAGCUCAUUGACCUAUUCUUUGUUUGUAUGAAUGCCAUUGUAUUUUAGAUAGUGUAGGUUUUUAGACUGACUAAAGGUGUUAAAUUCUAUUCCAUUUGAAAUGGGUGAGGUUUUUUUUGUCAUACAAAAGACGGCGUAGCCCGAUCAGUGUUUGGCCCACUUUUCAUCGAUACCUAUGACAGUUUACUACCCCUAAUACAUAUUUGUAGGCUUUUGCUUGCGGUUGCAUUUCUUUAAUGAGUUUAAAACUGCCUCUUUGUCAUGUAUUUCCAAAAUGAGAGCGCUGUAGCAGGCUAUUGGUUACGCGAUGAGGUGGGCGCCUAGAAAACAGGAGAAAGCAAGCUUCUGUUUAUUCCAGGAAAGUGACCAGGCAAUCAAUGUUAUUGGAGAGACCAACACAACUCUGGCACUCUCAAAUGUUAAUGUAAUGGAAACUAUAUACCCGCUCCAGUUUCCCUAUGAAAUGUAUCAAGGGAAACAAAUCACUGACUCUCAGGGCUAAUUUGAUCAAGCUGUGGUUGAGUUUGAUAGUGGAUGCACUCAAAGCCCUGUGCCCUGUCAUGCACAACACCAUGUUAAAGCAACAAACCUGGAAUAACACUGAGCAUUCAGUCCAGCCAAUGAGAAAGCCAUGGAAGAAGUUAGUGGAAAAUGUACAGUACAAGCCUCAAUUGUGACUCUUUUUUUGCCCCAGAUAUUCAGCGACGUCCCAAAAACUGCUUUUCUCGCCCACAGCCAUUCUGUUUUCUCAGAAGGGAGCUUCAGUUGCACACUGUCUUUAUCACAACACUAAGGACAGCUGCAAUCAACUUGGAAAGGCACAUGUGGAGGCAAAAAAAAAAUGGAUACUCAAAUUUACAGCUGGCCUACUACUGGGUUGAAAAUGUGAGGGCAAGGAAAGCCCUAUGAGGAAAAGCCAGAACAGCAGUAUCUCAAAAUGGCCCAAACCAGUUUGCUGCAGGGGAAGCGCUUUUACUGCAGGGAGUGGGUCUUCCACAAGAUCCAGCACUGUCUCCAGGAAAAGACUAAUGGCCUGAGUGGUUUGACCAGCACUCCCAGCAAGCAGGCCGGUGCCUCCGGCACUGGCGCAUCUAACCCCUGUGGCAGCUCUGCAGCAGGCUCUGCGAAGGCCACCGCCUGGGGGGUGUUGCUGGUGGGGGGGCCUGGGAGUGGGAAGACGGCCCUGUGCACGGAGCUCCUGUGGCCCUCUUCAGCCCAGGGCACUCAUCGGGGGCUGCAGCAACAGAGUCUGGCCUUCCAUUUCUGCCGGGCGGACGACUCGGACACACUCUGCCUGGGCGGCUUCAUCCGAGGUCUGGUGGCCCAGAUUUGCCGGAGCGGCCUGUUGCCGGGUUACGAGGAGAAGGUGCGCGAUCCAGCGGUGCAGAGCGUCCUGCAGCCCGGGGAGUGUGAGAGAAACCCCACUGAGGCUUUCAAGAGGUGUGUUCUCCUCCCACUCUUGAGUGCCAAGCCACCUCAGCAGGCCCUCUUCCUCCUGGUUGACUCCAUCGACGAAGGCUGUCAGCUGGGUGAGGGAGAACAGAGGUCUUCAGGCUCAGGCACCCCCAGGACCAUCGCUGAGCUCCUGGCCAGCCACCACGAGUACCUCCCGCCCUGGCUCCUUCUCAUCUGCUCAGCACGUCGCCAGAACAGGGCCAUCACCAAACUGUUCACAGGAUUCCGUAAAAUUAGCCUGGACGACCUUCGCAAGGCCUACAUCGUCAAGGACGUGCAGCAGUACAUCCUCCACCGGCUCGACCAGGAGGAGGCCCUUCGCCAGCACCUCACCAAGGAGACAGCCGAGAUGCUCAACCAGCUGCACAUCAAAAGCAGCGGCUGCUUCCUGUACCUGGAGCGCGUGCUGGACGGGGUGGUGGAGAACUUCAUCGUGCUGCGAGAGAUCCGCGACAUCCCCGGCACACUCAAUGGCCUCUACUUGUGGCUCUGCCAAAGGCUGUUUGUUCGGAAGCAGUUCGCCAAAGUCCAGCCUAUUCUCAACGUGAUCCUUGCAACCUGCAGGCCACUUACUUUCAAGGAGCUUUACCAUGCUGUCUGGACCAAAAACAUGACUCUCACCAUGGAGGAUUUUCAGAAGAAGAUGGACAUCCUCUCCAAGUUGUUGGUUGAUGGCCUCGGAGGUACUAGGAUCCUCUUUCACUACAGUUUUGCCGAGUGGCUCCUGGAUGUUAAGCAUUGUACACAAAAGUACUUGUGUAAUGCAGCGGAGGGACAUAGGAUGGUGGCGAUGAGUUACACUUGCAGGGCCAAGCAGCUCAAACCGCUGGAGGUGCAGGAGUUUGCCCUGCAUCUGAUCAACUCCAACCUGCAGAUAGAGCCUUUCAACCUGGCUCUUUGGAUGGUGUGGAAUGGUACACCCGCCAAAGACUCUCUUUCCAUCUCCAUACCUAAAGAGCAGGAGGUGCUACAGCUUCUAGUCAAAGCUGGAGCUCACGUCAACAACGACGACGACCAUGCCUCUUGCAUAGUGCAGCAGGCACUGGAGAGAGAGGAUUCGAUUCGGACGUUGCUAGACAAUGGAGCCUCUGUGAACCAAUGUGACUCUAGCGGGAGAACUUUGCUGGCCAAUGCUGCGUACAGUGGAAACCUGGAUGUGGUGAACUUUCUCAUAUCCAGAAGAGCAAACAUGGAGAUGGAGGACAACCAUGGACAAACGUCACUUACUCUUGCGGCAAGACAAGGGCACACUAAGGUCGUAAACUGCCUCAUCGGCUGUGACGCAAACAUCAAUCACACAGACCACGAUGGGUGGACCGCCCUUAGGUCUGCAGCCUGGGGUGGGCAUUCGGAGGUGGUGUCUGCUCUCCUCUACGCCGGUGCCAAAGUUGACUGUGCUGAUGCCGACAGCAGAACGGCCUUAAGAGCCGCAGCUUGGGGAGGUCAUGAAGACAUCGUGCUGAACCUCCUCCAACACGGGGCAGAAGUCAACAAAGCAGACAAUGAAGGAAGGACAGCUCUCAUUGCAGCGGCAUACAUGGGGCACAGAGAAAUCGUAGAGCACCUCUUGGAGCAUGGGGCAGAGGUGAACCAUGGUGAUGCGGACGGAAGGACAGCCCUCUCAGUUGCUGCUCUCUGUGUGCCUGCCAGUAAAGGUCAUGCCUCUGUCGUAAGCCUCCUCAUUGACAGGGGUGCAGAGGUGGACCACUGCGACAAAGACUGCAUGACCCCCCUCCUUGUGGCUGCCUAUGAAGGACAUGUGGACGUAGUUGAUCUGCUGCUGGAAGGUGGAGCUGACGUGGAUCACACUGACAACAAUGGCCGAACGCCUCUUCUUGCUGCAGCGUCCAUGGGCCAUGCCUCUGUUGUCAAUACCCUGCUUUUCUGGGGUGCAGCUGUAGACAGCAUCGACAGUGAAGGAAGGACUGUUCUGAGCAUAGCGUCCGCUCAAGGGAACGUAGAGGUGGUCCGAACUCUGCUGGACAGAGGGCUGGACGAGAAUCACAGAGAUGACGCAGGCUGGACCCCACUGCACAUGGCCUCAUUUGAGGGUCACCGGCAAGUAUGCGAUGCCCUCAUUGAGCAAGGUGCCCGAUGCACAGAGGUGGAUAACGAUGGUCGAAUACCCCUGAUAUUGUCUGCGCAAGAGGGUCACUAUGACUGUGUCCAUAUUCUUCUGGAAAACAAGUCUUGCAUCGACCAAAGAGGAUAUGAUGGGAGGAAUUCUCUCAGGGUGGCUGCACUGGAAGGCCACAGGGAUAUUGUUGAACUGUUGCUGAGUCAUGGUGCUGAUAUAGACUGUAAAGACGCAGACGGACGCCCGACAUUAUACAUAUUGGCACUUGAGAAUCAACUAGCAAUGGCAGAGUACUUCCUGGAAAAUGGGGCCAAUGUGGAAGUCAGCGACACAGAGGGAAGGACGGCCCUCCAUGUGUCCUGCUGGCAAGGGCAUGUAGAAAUGGUCAGGAUGCUGAUCAACUAUCAUGCCGAUGUGAACUCUUGUGACAACGAGAAGCGAUCCGCCCUCCAGUCAGCGGCUUGGCAAGGCCACACAAAGGUUGUGCGGUUCUUGAUUGACAAUGGCACUCACGUGGAUCACACAUGUAAUCAGGGGGCAACAGCGCUUGGCAUUGCUGCCCAAGAGGGGCACAGAGAUGUAGUGCAGAUCCUUCUGGAGCACGGCGCUGACCCCAACCACGCAGACCAGUUUGGACGCACAGCCAUGCGAGUGGCUGCAAAAGGGGGGCAUUCAAUGAUCAUCAAACUUCUUGAGAAGUAUGGGGCCUCAAGUCUUAAUGGCUGUAGUCCUUCGCCAGUACACACUAUGGAGCAAAAAACCCCACUCUCUGUAGCUGGGAAAAUGCAGUCUCUCACAAUUAAAUCCAACAGCUCUGGCAGCACAGGAGCUGGAGACAUGCAGUCAUCUGGACGUGGUCUACAGAACGGUCCUGUCCACGCCUUCAGCUCCCCUUCGGAAUCUCCUGACUCUACCGUGGACAGACAAAAGUCGUCUCUCUCAAAUAAUUCCCUCAAAAGUUCUAAAAACUCACUGAGAACCACCUCGUCCACUGCGACUGCACAGACUGUGCCCAUAGAUAGUUUCCACGGAAUGACCUUCACCGAGCAAAUCCAGCAACACUCUCUGCCUCGCAGUCGGAGCCGACAGUCCAUCGUCUCACCUUCCUCCACCACCAAGUCCAUUGGACAUCAUCAGGGGUCUCCAUCAAGUGAAUUUGACUGGGCUCAGGUUAAGCCAGGUCUCAAGUCGACCAAAGGGAAUAAGCCUGGAAAUGACACAUCCAACGGCAAAGGGGGGUCAGGAGACAAGAAAAGGCUCAAGAGCAUUGGCUCAACCCAGGGUCAGGAAUAUGAGAUGACCCAGUUUGAUAAGAGGACUGCGCUCAACAAGUCUGUAGCGAACAUUGCAGUGAAGGAUCCUCAUUGUAAGAUCAUGGUUGGCGGCUCCACCCAGCCAGAUGGGGGACUGACCCAAGAGCAAUUAUUCAUCCAACAGCAGAGCAUUGCAGAGAAGAAGCGAAAUGGAAUUAUGACCAACCCCAACUACCAUCUUCAGGGCAAUCAGGUUUUUCUCGGGAGGGUUUCUGUCCCAAGGACUGUACAGAAUAGAGGGCACCAGGAUGUGCUGGAGAACUACCCUAUAGGGGAGACUGAAUUAAGCCUUAAACAAGCACUGAAACUGCAGAUAGAAGGAUCAGACCCUGGGUUUAACUACAAAAAGGAGACACCAUUAUAGCUGAUGUCUUGAAUGCCAUUCGUCACGGAGACAUCGGGAGGGAAUGUGCCAAAGCAACUUUUUUUCCCCCCAUCUGCAUAAGACAUGAUAAAAUAAAAAAAAUCCACUCUCUCAAGUGGAACACCUCAGAAAACCUAGGAAAGAAUGUUGAUCGCUGCACAAGGCCUAGAUGAACUGAUACUUCAAUGUGCCUACAUCUGUUACAGCCUUCUCAGUGUAAUCAUGCACACUAUCGUUUUAAUGUAUUGAUAUUUAAUAUGCAGUGUAUGCACUUUUUACAUAGAGAAAAUGACAAACAUGUAUUUGUUCAGCCUCCCCUUUAUGCUCCUGUGUUUCAAACUAAUUGUUCCAAAAAAAAAUCAUACAUUGUUUCUGUGUUAUACUGUAUGUUUGUUUUUGUUGUCCUGCCUGCAAUCAUACACACCGACAGCAAUGUACCGCUGAGCGCAUCAUCACAUCUUACCAGAGGACAUCAAGAUAAUCGAUGACAUGGGAUAAUGUUAUGCGCAUUGGUACUCUGCCUUCCUGAAGACCCCAAAUAAUCUGUGUUAACCUCGUUCGGUGUACUAAACAUAUGCUGUGUGUAAUAUGUUAAUAGCUAAGGCAAUUUACUAUACAAGUAUAACCAACCAUAUUUAUUUAGGAAAAAGCCACUUUAAGUUGUAUUGUAUGCUCUAUCAUGGUGCUGUGUUCAAAAGUUGCCUGCAGUUAUUUUGGACUCCAUUUUGGUCGUCUUGAUACCAUUUUCUUUGCUAUGUGUAUUGUAGUGUUAAAGAUACCUAAGGGAGAGAGUUAAUUGAAAACGUUAAACCCAUGUGACUUCAUUUUGUCCCUGUGGGACUUUUCAUGUUUUUUUUUUUGUGUGUGCAUUUGAAAAUGAUUAAAAUAACCAUUGUGUAUACUGUCAACUACGGAGGUGGGGCUUAAAUGCAAAAGUCUGAAGCGAAAGCGGCAUUCGAGUGCAUUCGUUGGUGGAAUUAUUACUAUUACAACCUGCAAUUCAAGAAACAAAAUUCAAACUUUGUUUCCCCUAUUAUUGCAGUGUGGCUUAUAUUUUGAUAAUUGACGUAUAUUUCGGAGCAAGACGCACACACAAAAAAAACGGCUUAAGGUUCACUCGUCGCGGCUUCACUGAGUAGGAGACUUCAAUAAUAUUAUGGUUUUAAAGGAUGGUUUGAAAUGUAUACCUGUCAAGCCAAAGUUGGAACAAAGCAUUUUUUUUUUCUUCUCUUGAGCGGCUGCAUGUCAGUUAACCCAGCAGUAGCUCCGCCGUAGAGGGAGGGGCUUGAAGAUGGUGCUCUCGGAUUGCAAACAUCUGUUUUUCAUGGACUAUGUGGGGGCUGUGUGAGCAUUUGUGUGUCAUGUUUUUUUUUGGCAGGCUUUUCACAAUGUUAACAGUGAGAAGGGGGGGAAAAUGGAAAAGCCGUCGCAAACAUACUGUAUAAACCCAAGUCGAAGCCCUCCGCUCUCCAGUACAGCUUGAAGGUGUGGUAUGAAGGUAUAAAGGAAGAAGGACUCAUUUUUAGGAUCAAUUCGGGACAGUAUUCAAACUUCUUUCGCCAUCUCUCAAACCUCAUGUUGUUUUGAAUUGACCCUAAACUGAUUGUAAAUAACUUACCAUGUACAUUGAACUUUUCAUUUCAAAAAUGUAUUUCCUGUACUAUAUUAAGCAGAAUGGUCUGAUGUAUAUUAAAGUGCUUAAUAAACAUAUUUGCUUUACUGCUGGAAAAUUA